CUAGCUCUUUCUCUUCUCUGCUUCACUUCGUUCCUUUCUGCGCGAUCGUUCGAGUGCUAGUCGUGAAAUGGCGAGCAAAUCCGGCAGCGGCGUGGCGGAGGAUGGCAGCUACGAGUACAAGGAGGAGUUCGUGAAGAAUGCCCGGGGGACGAAGCUCUUCACCUGCCGGUGGCUCCCCGGCAAGGGCCAGACGGUCAAGGGCCAAGUCUUCAUCUGCCAUGGGUACGCGGUGGAGUGCAGCAUCACGAUGCGGGAGACGGGGAUGCGGCUGGCGCGGGCCGGGUACGCGGUGCACGGGGUGGACUACGAGGGCCACGGCAAGUCGGAGGGCCUCCAGGGCUACAUCCCCUCCUUCGACGUCCUCGUCGCCGACUGCGACGCCGUCUUCGCCGCCGUCGUCGCAUCCACCGCCAACACGGAGCUGCCACGCUUCCUGCUCGGCGAGUCCAUGGGCGGCGCCGUCGCGCUGCUCCUCCACCGCACGCGCCCCGACUACUGGACCGGCGCCGUGUUGAUUGCUGAGGAAAUGAGGCCACAUCCGGUGGUGAUCAGCGUCCUCAAGUUGAUGACCAACAUCAUCCCCACCUGGAAGAUUGUGCCAACGGCCGACGUCAUUGAUGCCGCCAACAAAAUGCAGGAGAAGCGCGACGAGAUCAGGAAUAACCCCUACUGUUACAAGGGCAAGCCACGCCUCCAGACCGCAUAUGAGCUCCUCAGGGUCAGCCUCGACAUUGAGAACAAUGUACUCAAAAAGGUUUCGUUGCCAUUCUUGAUCGUGCAUGGUGGGGACGACAAGGUGACGGACCCAUCUGUGAGCGACCUCCUCUACCGGUCGGCAGUAAGUCAGGACAAGAAGCUCAACCUCUACCCGGGCAUGUGGCACGCCCUCACUUCCGGUGAGACCCCCGAAAACAUCCACACGGUCUUCCAAGACAUCAUCUCGUGGCUCGAUCAAAGAUCCUCCACAGGAUCAUCGGUGGCAGUGGCCGCGGACAUGUCGUCGGAGAUGGAGCAAAAGGCCAAGCACGAUGAGCAGAAUUUCGAGAAAAUAUAGUACU